UUUAUUGUGUGUAAUAUAGCAAUAUAAUCUCCACGGUUAGUCUCCAAGAAACUUCGCCGCAAAAACACGAGAAGACGAUGGAGCGGCUACUUAUUUGCGUUUUCACUAUAUUGUGCUUUGUUUCUGCAAGUAUUGGAAAAACAGGUUUCGGUCCUGGAGAACAAGACUGGGGCUACGUUCAAGUACGUCCCUAUGCAAACAUGUUUUGGUGGCUUUAUUAUACUACGGCAGACGUUAAAUCAUAUUAUGACAAACCGCUAGUCAUCUGGUUACAAGGUGGACCAGGCGGAUCUUCGACCGCGUAUGGAAAUUUCGAAGAACUAGGGCCUCUUGAUACGGAUUUAAAUCCAAGAAAUUACACUUGGGUCAAAAAUUACAAUGUUCUCUUCAUCGAUAACCCUGUUGGUACCGGCUUUAGUAACGCUGAAGAUAUAUCGGCAUUCGCGACGACAAACGCUCAAAUCGCGAGCGAUCUUUUAGAAUGCAUUCGAGGAUUCUACAAACAAUUACCGCAAUUUAAGCCUGUUCCAACGUAUAUCACCACUGAAUCGUAUGGUGGAAAAAUGGGCGUGGAAUUUGCGCUUAUCUGGGAUCGAGCUCAAAAAGCUGGCACUAUUGAAAGUAAUCUAAAGGGGAUUGCACUUGGGGACGCUUGGAUUUCUCCUAUCGACUCUGUAAUGACAUGGGCGCCAUAUCUACUCAGCAUGGGUAUGAUUGAUACGGAAGAUUUUAACGAAAUUAACGCUGCGGCAAACAACACAAGAGAUAAAAUAGAAACAGGCCAAUGGCAAGCAGCAACUCUUCAUUGCAUUUAUACGCGAGAUCUCAUUUUAGAAAAAACUUAUGACGUUGACAUCUAUAAUAUUUUGACAAAGAAGAAAUGGAACUAUUCUUAUUUAUCGCCGCAAGAUGUAUUGUCCUUUGAUGAAGCUGGGACUCAGUUACUUGAUAGUUUGAUGAACGGCCCAGUAAAAAAAACGCUCGGUCUUAACGUCACUCAUGGUAAACAAUCUGGCACAGUUCGCGACUACUUAAUAGAUGAUUAUAUGAAGCCUGUUACUAAUAUAGUGGAACAAUUAUUAAAUGAAACUAACUUGAACGUUAUCGUAUACAAUGGACAAUUGGACUUAAUUACAGAUACACCGGGCACCCUUCGUUGGGUCGAAAAACUAAAAUGGCAAAAUAGCUGGUGGAAAUAUUUGGUGAGGCUACCACUCGUCUCUCAAGAGGACUUCAUCGAGGGCUUUUCGAAAGCUUAUGAUAAGUUCCGUAUGUACUGGGUGAACAGAGCUGGACAUACGGUUCCGAAAGACAAUCCACUAGCUAUGGAAGUAAUACUACGGAAUCUGACAAGCAACGCAAACAUGUGAACAAAAGCCAAAAUUAGCUUUUAUAUUUGCAAAUAUAAAAACUAAAUGUGUAAUUUAAAUAAUGUUACACUCAAAUUAUUAAAAGUGUUUUAUCCGUUUGUCAUAAAAUUAAAAAAAAUUUCAAUACAGAUUAUGCAAUUGUUAAAAAACAAUUCUGCUUAUAUUAUCAUAUGCUAAAUUAAAAUUGUUAUAUAAUUUAUAUAUUAUGUAUAAUGUAUGUAUUUCAAAAUAUAUAAUCAUUCGUAUACAUA